AUGACCGCCGAUCUCAUGGAUUUACGGAUGCACCAUCACCUGGCGCUGCAGUCCGAGUUCUAUCGCCAUCAGAUGCAUCAGAUGCAACGUUUACCGGAUCCGUACCCGGCGAUGCUACCGGUGCCGCCACCCACACGCCACACCAUGAUGGUGCCACCGCCCCGCUACAACACCCUGCCGGACGUGGACGUCAAGCUGCAGAACCGCGACCUGUGGAGCCAGUUCGCCAAGAUCGGCACCGAGAUGAUCAUCACCAAGAGUGGCCGACGCAUGUUCCCCUCGAUGCGCCUCUCCGUGAACGGGCUGGAGGCGGAAGAGAACUACUUCAUCCUGCUGGAGAUGGUCCCGAUCAGCGACUGUCGGUUCAAGUUCAGUGGCUCGCAGUGGGUGCCGGCUGGCGGAGCCGAACCCCAGAGCCCACAGCGCAUCUACUUCCACCCGGACGGGCCGGCUCUCGGGUCCCACUGGACAUCGCAACCGAUCGUCUUCAACAAGGUCAAGCUCACCAACAACACACUCGACAGCAAUGGCCAUAUUGUCCUGACGAGCAUGCACAAGUAUCAGCCACGGCUGCACGUCAUCAAGGCCGCGGACGCCACCCAGAUCCCGUGGGCUCCGCAGCAAGCGUUUACCUUCCCGGAGACGGAAUUCGUCGCCGUCACCGCUUAUCAGAACGAUCGGAUCACUAAGCUGAAGAUCGACAACAACCCGUUCGCGAAGGGAUUCCGCGAGACGGGCCAAUCGCGCUGCAAACGCAAGGCUGGUCUGCUCUCGUCGCCCGACUCCGGCCACGGUGGCCGCAGCUCUUCAGAUGACGACGAAUCGGACGGCCCAGAAUCGGACGCUAGUCCGGAUGCGAAACGUCCACGCACCGCCGCCAGCAUGGCCCGAUCGCUGUCCUCACUCGACGACAGUGAGCUGUCGGUGAGCGAUGGUUCCUCGAGCGGCACCAGCUCACCACUCGUCGUCGACGACUUCGGAGGCUCACCGAUGCGACACCACGCAGCACCGCCACCGCCUCCGUCGGCACGUGCCUUCUAUCAGCCCCACCCGGCCCUGUUCGGGGCCCCCGGUGUCCAUCUUCACUCACCGCACGGUUCGUGGAUGGAGCUGAUGUUUCCGUUCGCGGCGGCCGCGGCCGUUGGUGGCCGGUGCCCGCCACCCGGCAACUCACCGGGCCUGGAACCGAGUGCACUGGUGCAGGCCGCCCAACAGUUGCAGCAGUUCGCCCGCCGAGAGUUUCUCCCGCUUGCCACAGCAUCCCCGGCAUCGGUAGCCCCGCUCGACCAGCCGUCGAUCAAGAAGCAGGCGCGACAGCAGCAGCUACCCUUCAGCAUCUCGGCCAUUCUGGGCCACGAUCGGUAA